GAUCUCCGCUCCUAGUAACACAUAGCCCAAGAGUUGCAUGGACUAAUGAGUUUCGUUUCUACAGACUGGACUAAAAUCACCACACCUUAUGAAAUAGAAACCACCGCGUCAGAAGAAACAGGGUGGCGGUAAACAAGAAACAGUAUAAAAUGGGCUGACAACCCAGGCAAGCAGGUCUUUGUGUUUUUGGAUCUGAAAUCCGCUAUUUUGCUGUUUUCACAUCAUGUUCUUCAUAAUGAAUCAUGCAGUCACAAUGCUCGCUGUUCUGGGACAAGCGUUCCUUCAUUUCUUCGUGGAAAAAUUCCACUUGUUAUUGCAAAAUGUGGUCCACUUAUCGUGCUGGUUCAAGUGGACACAAUUUUGCCUAAGCGGGACAAGCAGGAAAGUGGUUACAAAUCCCGACAGAAUCAUCGAGAAAAAUAAAGAUGUGGAAAGAAUCGUGCCUUUAAGUGUGAACUACCAUUUCACCAGACAGUGCAACUACAAAUGUGGCUUUUGCUUUCAUACUGCCAAAACUUCAUUCGUCCUACCAUUACAAGUAGCUAAACAAGGACUCAGUUUACUGAAGGAAGCUGGUAUGCAGAAAAUCAACUUUUCAGGAGGAGAGCCUUUUCUGCAUGAGAGAGGGGAGUUUUUAGGGCAACUGGUAAAAUAUUGCAAAGAAGAGCUAAAGUUACCAAGUGUGAGCAUCGUGAGCAAUGGAAGUCUUAUCACAGAGAGAUGGUUUAAACGUUAUGGUGAAUAUCUAGACAUUCUUGCUGUUUCCUGUGACAGCUUUUAUGAAGAUACUAACCGAUUGAUUGGCAGGGGCCAAGGGAAGAAGAACCACAUACAGAAACUGCAUCAAGUCAGACAAUGCUGCCAGGACUACCGAGUUGCUUUUAAAAUCAACUCCGUUAUCAAUAGCUACAAUAUUGAAGAGGAUAUGACAGAACAUAUCCAAGCUUUAAAUCCAAUACGUUGGAAGGUAUUUCAGUGCUUACUUAUUGAUGGUGAAAACGCUGGUGAAGAUGCUGUCAGGCAUGCUGAAACAUUUGUAAUAAGCGAUGAAGAUUUCCAAAGAUUUCUACAUCGUCAUAAAGGGAUCCAGUGUUUAGUUCCUGAAUCAAAUCUGAAGAUGCAGAAUUCUUAUCUUAUCCUGGAUGAAUAUAUGCGUUUUCUUGACUGCACAAAGGGAAGGAAGGAUCCAUCAAAAUCUAUUCUGGAUGUUGGUGUGGAAAAUGCCAUUAAGUUCAGUGGCUUCGAUGAGAAGAUGUUUCUGAGACGCGGAGGCAAAUAUGUGUGGAGUAAGGCAGACAUGAGGCUGGAGUGGUGAUUCACUGUAUGAGAAAUAGCUUCACAGAAUGCAGUCUAGAACAUGUUGCUUUCUUUUGUUUGUACAUCAUGUUCCAAAAAUGGGUGACAUGAUAAUAGCACAUGUUCUUAAGGAUCACAGUGGAGAUUAACUUUAGUACAAAGUAUUUAUUCCUAUAGUUUCCAGAAACUGAUGUACUGCUAUGUUUGAAUGGAAUGGACUGCAACACACUAAAUGCCAUUUUCAUCCUGAGAAGUUCCUUGUCUAGAAGAAUAAGACUGCACAUAUGGCUUAUCCGCUAUGUGGAGAGUCUCAUCUGCUACCUCCUCCCCAUCAAGCAUUUCUGUACAAAAUGAGUUUUGGUGGUACCUAGCAAUAAUACACCCUAAUCAUAAAGCAUAUUUCAAACAGGAAAUGAAUCAAUUGUGCUCUGUAGAAUAGGCUUUAUUUUAUUUUGGUUUCAGUAUUACCACGGACUGUGAAAUUCGCUUUGCAUACUUGCAUAUUUACAUUGUGUCUGGCACACAUAAAGAACAAGAAAUGGAUAUGUAUUCAAAGAUGGUAGAAGAGAACAACUAAACAAACAAUGACAACAAACUACUGUGAGACAACCGAGACAGAAAGUGAUCAUGCUCUUGUCUUUUAGACUAAGAGGUAGUACAGUGUGCUUAUCUUUUAUGCUACAAGAAAGAAAAAAAAGGCUGUAAAAUAGCAUUGUAUAAUGUGUUCACUCCUUAUCCAGCAUAUAGUUGUCACAUACUCAGUACUACGAAAUCAAACAGACUUGUGUUGUUUAAAAUCAUAUGGAUUACGAGUGAAAAGUGGCACACAUCUAUUUAUUUAGAAAUUAUUUGCUACCCCACUAACUUAGAUUAAUAUCCCAUUAUAAUUCAUUAUUUGUAUAUCUGAUAUGAGCACUUUAAGCAUGUUUGCUUGUGUUUUGUGUUUGUGACUGUGUGCAACUUUGUGCAUAUGCAUAUACUGAAUCAAUUAUAUUUCAACAAAGUUUUCUGUGUAUGUGUAUGUGUGUCUGUGUGUCUGUCCAUCUUAUUUAGAUUCUAGUUUUACUAUAUGCAAUAUUAAGUGCCUGCUGCACAAAAAAGUAAUAUGUAUCUAUAUGGUUUAUCUUAUUUUAAAUUUAUUGUAAUUACUGUGAUUUCAACAUUCCCUUAUGACCAUCAUUAACCUUCAGCAGGAGUUAAACAUGCUAUAUAGCAAGUGACAGCAAAACAGUAAAGUACAGUACAGAGCAUUUAAUCAGAAUGCCACUGUCCUGAACACACUGUUCAUGUGAUGCUAGCUAAGCACAUGUGAUGCUAGGAAGCAAUGAGGUCAGUGCCACAGCAGUAGAUACUUACAUUUACGUAGUACUGAGUAACAGUGACAAUAGCCAAGGUCACGGAUUUUCCAUUUUUCUGGGAAUAUACUAGUAAAUUCCAAAAUGAAAACUGACUGGACACUGGAAAUAUCACAAGAAUUCAUGUAAUUUGCAAUUUUAAGCCAUUGCAUUCAUUCACCAAAAUGCUUACUUAUCCUAAUAACAACAAUGCUGAAUGUGUGUCAUAUUGGGAAAGAUAUUUGCUCAGAAACUCAUCUCCUUGUGUGUGCCACUGAUUACUGAUCUUUCUGUCAUAAUAUGUUUAACAUAUGAUGUGAAACCUUUGCAGUGAAGCACUUCUAUUUAAAGGUGUCCAUGAGUUCUCCAGUAAGCAGAUAUUUGCAUGCAUGUACAAAACUACAGAAUUGGACAGAAAUUCAUUUCAAAUGAUCUGUGUGCAAAACAAAAAAGAACAUAUGAUUUGGUAUGUUAGUCUGGCCAUGUGCAUUUUACCUGACUAAAGCAAAAAGUAGCAGAAGAAGCAAAUAGCUGUCUGUCUCCUUAUGCUCCUUUAAGUGCUAAUGACGCAUUUCUCCAAAAAAGUUUAGUAUAAAUAGUAGAAAAUCAUGCCUAAUUAUAUAUUUUUGUACCUGUAUGUGUUAUACUAUAACAUGUUUCACUUAAGUAUGACGUAGCAAGUCAUUUGUUUUGAAGAAAUAUGCAUAAAGUAAACUUUUUCUAGGGUUAUAAAAACAGUCUUAACAUCCACUGGGUUGUAAAUCAAUCUAUUUUUUUUCAUACAUAUUCUUAUUUGUGAAACUCAGACUUAUUGCUUACUUACAUGUAUUUAGAAGUGCUAAGACUUUACAUGGAAUAUGUUUGGCUGUCUAAACAUAUAGCAAGAUUUCAGGGUUAACUGUUUAUGGAAAAAAUAACAGAGGUCCACUUCAUCUAGUUUUCAGAUUUAAAUAUCUUGUAUUCAGAAGAUGGCUUCAGUAUGUUUUAUCUUAUCAUGUUUUGUAGCAUCAUAUGUGGAAUACUGAAGUAGGCAGCCAUUUUAUUCAAUGAGCAAUAAUGGCUUGUGCUAUUUCUUAAAUUGUGCCAUUCACUUCACAUGGGAUGGGGGCAUGGACAAAUGUAAUGAUUAUUCCACUGACUUUUAUUUCCUGUCUAACUGUUCAUAUUGGAGUCAGGAUUUACAAAUGCUGUUCUUUUACAUUUGUUGUCAUAGAAUAUAAUCCCCUUUUCUACUUUAUUUAUUUAAUGGCAAAAUACAUUUGCAUUUUACAUUUAAAGCCACUCUGCAAAGUAUUUCUUAGAGUUACAUUUAUGGACCAAGUGUAACACGAGUUGCCUUGCAUUAAGUCGUGUUUGAUGAGAUAGAUGGCAGUUUACCAGUUUUAAUCUUUGAGCCAUAAAGUGACUCAACAUUUAAGUACGGAUAAUAGCAAUAAAUUCUCAGAGGUCUUUAUUCAGAGUCACUGUGUGUGUGUGUGUGUGUGUGUGUGUGUGUGUGUGUGUGUGUGUGUGUGUGUGUGUGUGUGUGUGUGUGUGUGUGUGUGUGUGUGUGUGUGUGUGAGACUGUGUGUUUUUAAUUUGGGGGGUAUGACUUAUAUUCCAUAAUUUACUUAUAAACCUCAAUUUCAAGACAAGUACCCUUCAUGAAAGCUGUACCAUCUUGUAUUAUGUUAUGAGAACUAAGUUUCUUUUUCUUUCUAAAUUUCCUUUAGCAAAUGCACUUUAUAAAUAUUACUAGGUAUCUCGUGCAACUAUAUUUAAAUAUAAGCUAUUUGUUUUUGAAUUUUGUUUUAAAAUAUUUUAUCUGUUGCUUUCCAGAAUGGGCAAAAAUUGCCAUUUCUAUGAUUGAAUAAUAAUAAAUGUAUUUAUUAAGGUUCACAGAUUUUUAAAUAUAA